AGAGAAAGGUCAGAUUCACAGCCAUCGUUUUCAUCUGAAGGGCUUUGGCUUGCUCAGUGCGUGUUGAGUUUAAUGUUACACGCAUUGCUUCAGUAGUUCAUUCCGUUCUCAGACACAGUACAGGAGACAAUGCUGCAGAACACAGGGAAGCUGGCAGGAUAUACCGUCUUCAUUACCGGAGCGAGUCGAGGUAUUGGCAAGGCCAUUGCUCUCAAAGCUGCACGGGACGGAGCCAAUGUGGUCAUCGCUGCCAAAACCGCUGAUCCUCACCCCAAACUGCCGGGCACCAUCUACACAGCUGCUGCAGAGAUUGAAGCUGCUGGAGGCAAAGCACUGCCGUGCAUCGUAGACGUCCGUGAUGAGAAGCAGAUCAAUGAUGCUGUUGGAAAAGCUGUGGAGAAAUUUGGAGGGAUUGACAUAUUGGUCAACAAUGCCAGUGCCAUCAAUUUAACAGGAACUCUGGAAACUCCAAUGAAGAAAGUUGACCUUAUGCUAGGCAUCAAUCUCAGGGGAACGUACCUGACGUCUAAACUGUGCAUUCCACAUCUUCUGAAGAGCAAGAACCCUCACAUACUUAACCUCAGCCCACCUCUAAACCUCAAUCCCAUCUGGUUCAAAAACCACACAGCGUACACCAUGGCAAAGUAUGGCAUGUCCAUGUGUGUACUUGGAAUGGCCGAAGAGUUCAAGGGAUCUAUCGCUGUUAAUGCCUUAUGGCCCAAGACAGGUAAUGACUUUCCUGCAUCACUGGUUCAGGCGUGUUUGAUUGGGUUUGGAGCUGAAAUCUGCAGGACGGUAGCUCUCCAGGAGCAGGGUGAUCAUGCUGGAGUCUGGUACAUUGAUCUGAAGAACGAUGCAGGAAGUGCUGGCAGUGGGGAACCACCUGUCAAAGCUGAUGUUGUCAUGACGUUGGACAGCUCAGAUUUCAUCAAGAUGUUCGGAGGGAAAUUAAAGCCCACUAUGGCGUUCAUGUCUGGAAAGCUGAAGAUUAAGGGUGACAUGGGCCUUGCCAUGAAAUUGGACAAGAUGAUGGGCAUGAUAAAGCCUAAGCUGUGAUAUGAUCACUCACUCUACCAUCUCCUGCCUUACAUGAUGUGAUGUACAUGAUCACUUUUCAGAAUGCAGAAUCACUGCAUUAAACCAUUUUGCUGAUGCUAAUUUUAAUAGAGGAUUUUCCUUCAGUUACAUUUUCUUCACUGCAUGUAAUAUACUUGCAGUGUAAAGUAUAUGCAUACUUCUUGCAACUGCCACUGGUUCGAGAAAAAAAA